AUGCAUGGGGCUGCAAUCGUGAAGAGUGUAUACACCGGACUGGAGCAGGUCGUGGUAGCGGCAUCAUGCGUUGACGUACAAGUUUCAGACGCAGCGACUCCGGGUCAGUCACGCCAGUCUACAGCCCAAGUGCUGCGGCUCCUGACAGGAACCCACACCCCAUCAGAGUUGGACGAGCUGGACGGUUGGAACGAUGUCCGCGCCACUUGGCCUUCGAGCUCAUGGCAGAUUGCCCAGCUGAGCCUGACAGCGGGUAGCCACAAUAUGAACAUGCAGACAGCCGCAAAGAGCGCUGCUAGCACUACGCUUUCGGGCAGGCUGCCCAACAGAUCAACUUCCACAGUGUCGGCUGUCAUGCACCCGCUUGAACGCAACAAAGGUAUAUGCCUGGAUAACUUGCGAGAGAUCUUCAAUACGAUGGUCAAAUCGUAA